CACUGCCUCCAAUUCUGAUGACACUAUGAAGAAAUGUCUUCGAAUUUUCCAUGAGUUCACAAAUAGCAAAGUUUGUAAGGGAGAGACUGCUUAAGCAGGCUUCAGGAAAGCAAGUGGAAUUAGAUAUGUUGUAUUACCAAAACAUUUCUCGACUGAAAAAGAGGAUUGUACACGCUGCCAAGUUUGAUGCUCUAAUCAAUAAAGAGACCAUUAGCCCACACAGGGGACCAGUCCCACCACUAAUCAGUCACGCCGGACUCCUCCAGGCCCAGCAGCAGGCCGUGCAGAUGAAGGCUGCUGUUAAGGGCGGGCAGGCUUUUGUGGCUGUCACUUCAGAACAGAAGAAAAAUGCGUGUCCAGCCUCUCAGACCCAAAGGAAAGCCUCAGAGGAAAGUUCACGUGCAUCAAACAGCCUUCACGUGGAUGUAGUUCUUUUAAAGGAAAAUCCAACUGCAAAGCCAAACAGAUCCCACAUUCCUGUGAAGAGUGUUGCUGCUUUUCCUGUAAAGGCUAAAAUAGAAGAAAAGGCCAUUUAUGAACUCUGUGGCAGUCAGAAUAUGUAUAUGAACAUAGCAAUUAAUACUCUUAAGAAGCUGAGAGACCAAGACGUGUCUGGAAGCAGUGACGACAAGACAACUGGAUUGAAAACGAAUGAAAAGGAAAAUGUGCUCACAGGAAUUAUUCUCUACAGACAUCUUAAAGACUACCUUCUAACGGAAGAACAGUUACAUGAAAAUAACUACCCCCAACCCAACCCUGACAAACCAGGAAGUGUUCUUUUAAACCCAGGCAUGACAGGAACUCUUGUAAAUGAUGCCUCUCAUUGGAAGGUGGAAAAUUUAGCAGUCAAGAACACGGGCUCUGAAGGAGAAAGUCAGAGAAGUCUGGUUUGGAUGCUGGAUGAGUCAUUUAACGCUUCCAGCCUCACAUUUUGUUUCCUCAUUUCAAACAAUGAGAUAAUGGUGGUUGCCCUAUCAGGUUGUUAG